AUGCCGGUACUCCGUAACGCGGACCACCCCGCCGCCCGGGCGACCGACUCCGUCCUCACGAGGUACGGCGUCGCUGUACUCGGCGCGUGGGCCGCUGAGACAGCCACUUAUCCCUUCGACCUGACCAAAACGAGGCUUCAAAUCCAGUCGGAGGUAGCGGCCACUAAACACGGAUAUAAGCUUGAAAACCAUGGAAUGGUGAAAACAGCUAUAGGGAUUGCAAAACAAGAAGGUGUACUUAAAUUAUGGAGUGGAUUGGUUCCUAUGUUUCAAAGACACGCAAUCUACUCUGGCUGUAGACUCGUGUUUUACGAACAAUUCAGAAACGCGUUCAAAGAUGACACCGGAAAGGUCUCGUUGGCCGUCGCUUCUAUCGGCGGUCUGGCCGCCGGGUCGUUGGCGCAGCUGAUAGCUUCCCCCACAGACCUGGUGAAGGUUCAGAUGCAGGCUGAGGGGCGGCGUGUUCUGCAGGGCCGGCCGAAGAGAUUCAAGAACUGUCGACAAGUGUACAGUCUGUUAUAUACACAGUCAGGAAUAUUAGGGUUUUGGAGAGGAGCGGUACCGAACGUUCAGCGCGCGGCGCUCGUCAACAUGGGCGACCUCGCGGCCUACGACUGUUGUAAGCAGUUCCUCCUGCGGGAGGUCGGUAUGAAGGACACGCCGCUGGUGCACGCCGCCGCGGCCUUCGCUGCGGGCUUCGUGGCCGCCGUCAUGGGAACACCCGCGGAUGUCAUUAAAACGAGGCUCAUGAACCAACCCGUGGGAGCCGAUGGAAGAGGCACUUUGUACCGCGGUAUGAUCGAUUGUUUACAACAAUCUGUGAAAAACGAAGGAGUAUUGUCAUUAUAUAAAGGCUUUCUCCCUUUGUGGAUGCGUCUCGGACCCUGGGCUCUUAUAAAUUGGGUGGCGUUUGAAAACAUCAUGCUAGCUAUUGGAGGAAAGACCUUUUAA